UCCUGGGCUCCUGGCCAAGUACCCGCCACAGCGCCUCUAUCCCAAGCCACAGCCACACGCACGCCUCGCGCGCCCACUUCCUCACUCCAGCCUCACCAACGCCAAGCCCCAGAACAGCAUCUCUAGCAAGCUAGUCUACCGUCGCGCGCCAUGAGCGCCGGCGACACGCUCGACAAGCUCGUGGUGUUCCUGGCGAAGCGCGAUGGCAUCGACAAGCUGGUCAAGACGUUCCAGUACGUGUCCAAGCUGGCGCACUGGGGCGCCGAGUCGUCCCGCCCGGAGCUCGCCAAGCGCGCCAAGAGCUGGGAGACGGCGUCGGGGCUGAGCCGCAAGGCGUUCCGGUCGGGCCGCUUCCUGACCGGGUUCAACACGCUGCGCCGCGCCCCGGGGGAGUUCGGCGCGCUCGCCGUGCUCGCCAACGCCGGCGAGAUGGUCUACUACUUCUUCGACCACUUCACGUGGAUGUCCCGCGUGGGGUUCCUCGAGGCCAGGCUGGCGCGGCGGUCCAGCUUCAUCUCGGCGUUCGGCGAGUCCAUCGGCUACGUGUUCUUCAUCGCCAUGGACCUCAUCAUGAUCAGGCGGGGUCUGAGGCAGGAGCGGAGGCUGCUGAGGGAAGGCGGCGGCGGAGGGAAGGACGCGGAGAAGGAGAAGGAGUUGCGGAAGAUACGGAUGGACAGGGUGAUGCGGCUCAUGGCGACAGCGGCCAACGCCGCCGACCUCGUCAUCGCCAUCGCGGAGGUCGAGCCCAACCGGUUCUGCAACCACGCCGUCACGCUGGGGAUCAGCGGCCUCGUGUCCGCGUGGGCCGGGUGGUACAGAAACUGGCCGUCGUAGAAUGGGCCGGUUCGGCCCAUGUGCUCGUUCAUCUUCCCUUUUUCAGUCUGCGUGAUGAUUUUGCCACGAUUCGCAUCUCUAUUUCGCUAAGCAGGCAACUCGUGAAUACCGCCGUGUAAUACUCCAAUCAGAACCGAAGUUAAUACUGAACAUAGCGUUAAUAGUGCAUUCGCGA